GGUGCUUCGCAGUCCUCCCAGGGCCGCUCUGACCUGCGUCUCCGCGACUCUCGCCUCCUUUCCGUAGUCCCUCCCAUCGCGGCCACUCGGCCCCCACCCUCUCGCCCUCCAAGCGGGUCUUCCCGGGGCCGCUCUGGCCCGAGCGUCCCUUCAUCUUUCUCAUCUGGCUCUUCCGGCUCGGAAGGGAGGCGCGGGUGGGUGAGCAAAGGAGUUCGUCUGUGGUGUCCAGGCCUGAGACCCUGAAGACUGACUCUGCCCUGGGCACCCGCUCGCGCCCCGCCCCUGGCUGGAGGGGCGUCUCUCCCGGAGGACCUUCCGGGCCAGGCCAGGCCCGCACUCUAUGUAGGCCCCCGCCGAGCUGUAGAGCCCUUCGCCCACUGGGGACCCAGUGGUCUGUAAGGUCCAUUUCGGCCUGCAGCGGCCCGUUUAUGGGGUCAGCCAGCGUAUGGGGGCCCAUGUCUAUAAGGGACUCCCGUGGCCCCUAGGGGUCUGCCCCGUACGUAACGACCCCAUUUACAGGUUUUUCCAUGGGUCUAUAAGGGCCCACCCUUCGGUUUCCAGAGCCCACCAACAGCGGCGGUUCCCUUUGCGGGGACAGCGACUCCUGGACCUCCCUGCUCUACAAGGCCAUGUCCCAUCUAUAGAGGUCGCAUUUGCAGGACUUCAAACCGGGUGGAGGGGCUUCUCCGGGUCUUUAGGACCCGUCCCUCUGUAAGGGUCAGUGCUGGAGGCAGCGAUGGCCCUGGGCCGGGCUCUGGCUGCGGCGCUGGCUCUAUCUUUUUCCGUGCUGUGGCCACUGUCCCCUGGGGCCCGGGCAGGGGACUGCAAGGGACAGCGGCAAGUGCUGCGGGAGGCGCCAGGCUUCGUGACAGAUGGUGCGGGCAACUACAGCGUCAAUGGCAAUUGCGAGUGGCUCAUCGAGGCCCCGAGCUCCCAGUACCGGAUCCUGCUGGACUUCCUUUUCCUGGACACGGAAUGCACGUAUGACUACCUGUUCGUGUAUGAUGGUGACUCCCCCCGCGGGCCCCUGCUUGCCAGUCUGAGUGGGAGCACCCGGCCUCCGCCCAUUGAGGCUUCUUCAGGCAAGAUGCUGCUGCACCUCUUCAGCGAUGCCAACUACAACCUGCUGGGCUUCAAUGCCUCAUUCCGCUUCUCCCUGUGCCCGGGGGGCUGCUACAGCCAUGGGCAGUGCCAGCCCCCAGGGGUGUGUGUCUGUGAGCCGGGCUGGGGGGGCCCUGACUGCGGCCUGCAGGAGUGCCCAGCCUACUGUGGCAGCCACGGCACCUGCGCCUCGCCCCUGGGACCAUGCCUCUGUGAGCCUGGUUUCCUGGGACGCGCCUGUGACCUGCACCUUUGGGAGAACCAGGGGGCUGGCUGGUGGCACAACGUGAGUGCCGGGGACCCUGCCUUCUCCGCCCGUAUCGGGGCGGCUGGUGCCUUCCUGUCCCCACCGGGGCUGCUGGCUGUUUUCGGAGGCCAGGACCUCAACAGGGCCCUGGGUGACCUCGUCCUGUACAACUUCUCUGCCAACACCUGGGAGCGCUGGGACCUGAGUCCUGCCCCGGCUGCCCGUCACUCCCACGUGGCUGUGGCUUGGGCCGGCUCCCUCGUGCUGAUGGGUGGUGAGUUGGCUGACGGCUCCCUCACCAGUGACGUUUGGGCCUUUAGCCCGCUGGGUGGUGGCCACUGGGAGCUUCUGGCACCAGCUGCUUCCAGUUCCUCAGGGCCGCCAGGCCUGGCAGGUCACGCAGCAGCCCUAGUGGACAGCAUCUGGCUCUAUGUGUCUGGUGGCCGCACCCAGCACGACCUCUUCUCCUCUGGCCUCUUCCGUUUCCGCCUCGACAGCACCAGUGGGGGCUAUUGGGAGCAGGUGAUUCCGGCAGGUGGGCGGCCCCCUGCCGCCACUGGCCAUUCCAUGGUGUUCCAUGCCCCGUCGCGUGCCCUGCUGGUUCACGGUGGACACCGGCCCUCCACUGCCCGGUUCUCUGUGCGGGUGAACUCCACCGAGCUCUUCCACGUGGAUCGGCGCGUGUGGACCAGCCUGAAGGGCCGGGAUGGGCUUCAGGGCCCACGGGAGCGGGCCUUUCACACGGCCAGUGUCCUGGGCAACUACAUGGUGGUCUACGGGGGCAACGUGCACACCCAUUACCAGGAGGAAAAGUGCUAUGAAGAUGGCAUCUUCUUCUACCACCUUGGCUGCCAUCAGUGGGUGUCGGGGGCCGAGCUUGCCCCUCCAGGAACUCCUGAGGGCCGAGCAGCACCUCCCAGUGGUCGGUACUCACAUGUGGCGGCUGUGCUUGGUGGCAGCGUCCUGUUGGUGGCAGGGGGGUACAGUGGCCGGCCCCGUGGGGACUUGAUGGCCUACAAGGUGCCUCCCUUUGUGUUCCAGGCGCCUGCUCCAGACUACCACCUGGACUAUUGCUCCAUGUACACGGACCACAGCGUAUGUUCCCGAGACCCUGAAUGCAGUUGGUGUCAGGGAGCCUGCCAAGCUGCCCCACCUCCUGGGACUCCCUCGGGGGCCUGUCCGGCUGCCAGCUGCCUGGGCCUGGGCCGCCUCCUGGGUGACUGCCAGGCCUGUCUGGCGUUCAGCAGCACCGCCGCUCCUCCCCGGGGGCCCGGCGCCCUGGGCUGGUGCGUACACAACGAGAGCUGCCUCCCUCGGCCUGAGCAGGCCCGCUGCCGAGGGGAGCAGAUCUCAGGCACCGUGGGCUGGUGGGGGCCCGUACCUGUCUUCGUUACCUCCCUGGAGGCCUGUGUCACCCAGAGCUUCCUGCCUGGCCUGCACCUGCUCACCUUCCAACAGCCGCCCAAUGCCUCCCAGCCUGACAAGGUCUUGAUUGUCCGCAGUACGACCAUCACCCUGACACCUAGCUCAGAGACCGACGUGUCCGUGGUCUACCGUGGCUUCAUCCACCCACUGCUGCCAGGAGGGCCUGGAGGGCCAGGGGCUGAGGACGUGGCCGUGUGGGCCCGGGCCCAGCGCCUGCACGUACUGGCCCGGAUGGCCCGUGGCCCUGACGCAGAAAACAUGGAGGAGGUAGGGCGCUGGGUGGCUCAGCAGGAGAAGGAGACGAGGCGCCUGCAACGUCCAGGGUCCGCUCGCCUCUUCCCACUGCCUGGCCGGGGCCACAAGUACGCGGUAGAGAUCCGGGGCCAGCUCAACGGCUCAGCGGGCCCUGGACACAGCGAGCUCACCCUGCUGUGGGACCGGACUGGCGUGCCAGGUGGCAGCGAGAUCUCAUUCUUCUUCCUGGAGCCCUACCGCUCGUCGGCCUGCGCCUCCUACCCCUCCUGCCUGGGCUGCUUGGCAGACCAGGGCUGCGGCUGGUGCCUGGCCAGCGCGACCUGCCACCUGCGCCAGAGUGGGGCCCACUGCGGGGACCGCGGGGCCGGCGGCUCCCUGCUGGUGCUGGUGCCUGCCCUCUGCCCACUCUGUGAGGAGCAUCGAGACUGCCACGCCUGCACCCAGGACCCCUUCUGCGAGUGGCAUCAGAGCACCAGCCGCAAGGGGGACGCAGCGUGCAGCCGGCGGGGCCGGGGUCGGGGUGCCCUGAAGAGCCUGCAGGAGUGUCCCCCACUCUGCAGCCAGCGCCUGACCUGUGACGACUGCCUGGCCAACUCAAGCCAGUGUGCCUGGUGCCAGUCCACCCACACCUGCUUCAUGUUCGCCGCCUACCUGGCCCGGUACCCGCACGGGGGCUGCCGAGGCUGGGACGACAGCGUGCACUCAGAGCCGCGGUGCCGGAGCUGUGACCGCUUCCUGACCUGCCACGAGUGUCUGCAGAGCCACGAGUGUGGCUGGUGUGGCAAUGAGGACAACCCCACGCUGGGACGUUGCCUCCAGGGGGACUUCUCUGGGCCUCUGGGUGGGGGUAACUGCUCCCUGUGGGUCGGGGAGGGCCUGGGGCUGUCUGUGGCCCUCCCUGCCCGCUGGGCAUAUGCCCGCUGUCCGGAUGUGGAUGAGUGUCGCUUGGGCCUGGCGCGGUGCCACCUGCGGGCGACCUGCCUGAACACACCCCUCAGCUAUGAGUGUCACUGCCAGAGGGGCUACCAGGGUGAUGGCAUCACAUACUGCAACCGCACGUGCCUGGAGGACUGUGGCCAUGGCGUGUGCAGUGGCCCCCCAGACUUCACCUGCGUGUGUGACCUGGGCUGGACAUCGGACCUGCCCCCUCCCACGCCUGCCCCAGGACCCCCCGCCCCCCGCUGUUCCCGGGACUGUGGCUGCAACUUCCACAGCCACUGCCACAAGCGGGGGCCUGGCUUCUGCGAUGAGUGUCAGGACUGGACGUGGGGGGAACACUGCGAACGGUGCCGGCCGGGCAGCUUUGGUAACGCCACAGGCUCAGGCGGCUGCCGGCCCUGCCAGUGCAACGGGCAUGGGGACCCACGCCGAGGCCACUGCGACAACCUCAGCGGGCUCUGCUUCUGCCAGGACCACACUGAGGGCGCCCACUGUCAGCUCUGCUCUCCUGGCUACUAUGGGGACCCCCGGGCUGGUGGCUCCUGCUUCCGGGAGUGUGGGGGUCGUGCCCUCCUCACCAACGUGUCCUCCGUGGCACUGGGCUCACGCCGGGUUGGGGGGCUACUGCCUCCAGGUGGUGGGGCAGCGAGAGCUGGGCCAGGCCUGUCCUAUUGUGUGUGGGUUGUCUCAGCCACCGAGGUGCUACAGCCCUGUGCCCCUGGGACCCUCUGUCCCCCACUUACCCUCACCUUCUCCCCCGACAGCAGCACCCCCUGCACGCUGAGCUAUGUCCUGGCCUUUGAUGGAUUCCCACGCUUCCUGGACACUGGUGUCGUCCAGUCGGACCGUAGCCUCAUUGCUGCCUUCUGCGGCCAGCGGCGGGACAGGCCUCUCACUGUGCAGGCCCUGUCUGGGCUGCUGGUGCUGCACUGGGAGGCCAACGGCUCCUCGUCCUGGGGCUUCAAUGCCUCUGUGGGCUCUGCCCGCUGUGGGUCAGGGGGCCCCGGGAGUUGCCCUGUCCCCCAGGAGUGUGUGCCCCAGGACGGGGCCGCAGAUGCUGGACUCUGCCGAUGUCCCCAGGGCUGGGCAGGCCCACACUGCCGCAUGGCUCUGUGUCCUGAGAACUGUAAUGCCCACAACGGGGCAGGGACCUGUAACCAGAGCCUGGGCGUGUGCAUCUGUGCUGAGGGCUUCGGGGGACCUGACUGUGCCACAAAGCUGGACGGUGGGCAGCUGGUCUGGGAGACCCUCAUGGACAGCCGCCUCUCAGCCGACACAGCUAGCCGCUUCCUGCACCGCCUGGGGCACACUAUGGUGGAGGGACCUGAGGCCACCUUGUGGAUGUUUGGGGGCCUGGGUCUGCCCCAGGGGCUGCUGGGAAACCUGUACAGGUACUCAGUGAGCGAAAGGCGGUGGACACAGAUGUUGGCAGGAGCUGAGGACGGGGGCCCAGGCCCCUCACCCCGCUCCUUCCAUGCAGCUGCCUAUGUGCCUGCUGGCCGUGGCGCCAUGUACCUGUUGGGGGGGCUCACGGCUGGGGGCGUCGCCCGGGAUUUCUGGGUCCUCAACCUCACCACCCUGCAGUGGCGGCAGGAGAAGGCCCCGCAGACCGUGGAGCUGCCAGCAGUUGCUGGUCACACCCUUACUGCCCGCCGAGGCCUGUCUCUGCUCCUGGUGGGUGGUUACUCCCCUGAAAAUGGCUUCAACCAGCAGCUGCUUGAGUACCAGCUGGCAACCGGCACCUGGGUGUCCGGAGCCCAGAGCGGGACACCUCCCACAGGUCUAUAUGGUCAUUCCGCUGUGUAUCACGAGGCCACUGACUCCCUCUACGUGUUUGGGGGCUUCCGCUUCCACGUGGAGCUGGCGGCCCCAUCCCCUGAGCUCUACUCCCUGCACUGUCCUGACCGCACCUGGAGCCUGCUGGCCCCUUCUCAGGGGGCAAAGCCCCGCCCCCGACUUUUCCACGCCUCAGCCUUGCUAGGAGACACCAUGGUGGUCCUUGGGGGGCGCUCGGACCCUGACGAGUUCAGCAGCGAUGUCCUGCUCUACCAGGUCAACUGCAACACCUGGCUCCUGCCUGACCUCAUCCGCCCAGCCUCUGUGGGACCACCAAUGGAGGAGUCUGUGGCCCACGCUGUGGCAGCGGUAGGGGGUCGCCUGUAUAUCUCAGGAGGCUUUGGGGGAGUGGCCCUGGGCCGCCUGCUGGCCCUGACCCUGCCCCCUGACCCCUGCCACCUGCUGCCCUCGCCCGAAGCUUGUAACCAGUCUGGGGCCUGUACCUGGUGCCAUGGGGCCUGCCUGUCUGGGGACCAGGCCCAUAGGCUGGGCUGUGGUGGUCCCCCCUGCUCUCCAAUGCCCCACUCCCCCGAGGAAUGUCGACGUCUGCGGACCUGCAGUGAGUGCCUGGCCCGCCAUCCCCGGACCCUGCAGCCUGGAGAUGGAGAGGCAUCUGCCCCCCGCUGUAAGUGGUGUACCAACUGCCCUGAGGGUGCCUGCAUCGGGCGCAAUGGGUCCUGCACCUCGGAGAAUGACUGUCGCAUCAACCAGCGAGAGGUCUUCUGGGCUGGGAACUGCUCGGAGGCCGUGUGUGGGGCGGCCGACUGCAAGCAGUGCACAAGGGAGGGCAAGUGCAUGUGGACGCGGCAGUUCAAGAGGACUGGGGAGACCCGCCGCAUCCUCUCGGUGCAGCCCACCUAUGACUGGACGUGCUUCAGCCACUCUCUGCUGAACGUGUCCCCGAUGCCGGUGGAAUCAUCGCCCCCCCUGCCCUGCCCCACGCCCUGUCACCUCCUGCCCAACUGCACCUCCUGCCUGGACUCCAAGGGUGCAGACGGGGGCUGGCAGCACUGUGUCUGGAGCAGCAGCCUCCAACAGUGUCUGAGCCCCUCCUACCUGCCCCUGCGAUGUAUGGCUGGAGGCUGCGGGCGGCUGCUCCGAGGACCCGAGAGCUGCUCCCUGGGCUGUGCUCAGGCGACACAGUGCGCCCUGUGCCUGCGGCGGCCCCACUGUGGCUGGUGUGCCUGGGGGGGCCAGGAUGGGGGUGGCCGCUGCCUGGAGGGUGGACUCAGCGGCCCCCGCGAUGGGCUGACAUGUGGGCGACCUGGGGCCUCCUGGGCCUUCCUGUCCUGCCCCCCUGAGGACGAGUGUGCAAACGGGCACCACGACUGCAAUGAAACACAGAACUGCCAUGACCGGCCCCACGGUUACGAGUGCAGCUGCAAGACGGGCUACACCAUGGACAACGUGACGGGGCUGUGCCGCCCCGUGUGCGCCCAGGGCUGCGUGAACGGCUCAUGCGUGGAGCCCGACCACUGCCGCUGCCACUUCGGCUUUGUCGGCCACAACUGCUCCACGGAGUGUCGCUGCAACCGCCACAGCGAGUGCGCCGGUGUGGGGGCCCGCGACCACUGCCUGCUCUGCCACAAUCACACCAAGGGCAGCCACUGUGAGCAGUGCCUCCCCCUGUUCGUGGGUUCAGCCGUGGGGGGCGGGACCUGCCGGCCCUGCCACGCCUUUUGUCGAGGCAACAGCCAGGUCUGCGUCUCCAGGAAGGAGCUUGAAAUGGCCAGGAGGGAGCCGGAGAAGUACUCGCUGGAUCCAGAUGAGAUCGAAAACUGGGUGACAGAGGGGCCUAGUGAAGACGAGGCUGUGUGUGUGAACUGCCACAAUAAUAGCUAUGGGGACAAAUGUGAGAGCUGCCUCCAUGGCUACUUCCUCCUCGACGGGAAGUGCACCAAAUGUCAGUGUAAUGGCCAUGCAGACACAUGUAACGAGCAGGACGGGACAGGCUGCCCGUGUCAGAACAACACAGAGACGGGCACGUGCCAGGGCAGCUCCCCCAGUGACCGCCGAGACUGCUACAAAUACCAGUGUGCCAAGUGCCGGGAGUCAUUCCACGGGAGCCCGCUGGGUGGCCAGCAGUGCUACCGCCUCAUCUCCGUGGAGCAGGAGUACUGCCUGGACCCCACGUCCCAGACCAACUGUUUCCACGAGCCGAAGCGCCGCGCUCUGGGCCCCGGCCGCACUGUCCUCUUUGGCGUGCAGCCCAAGUUCACCAAUGUGGACAUCCGCCUGACGCUGGAUGUGACCUUUGGCGCCGUGGACCUCUACGUCUCCACCUCCUAUGACACCUUCGUGGUCCGUGUGGCCCCCGACACUGGCGUCCACACCGUACACAUCCAGCCGCCACCGCCUCCCCCAGCCCCUCCACCCCCUGCUGACGGUGGGCCCCGGGGGGCUGGGGAUCUGGGGGGACCUGGGGCCGGAGGUGGGCCGGCCACCCCAGCGGAGCCACGAGUGCGAGAGGUGUGGCCACGGGGCCUGAUCACCUACGUGACGGUGACAGAGCCAUCCGUGGUGCUGGUGGUCCGUGGCGUGCGGGACCGGCUGGUCAUCACCUACCCGCACGAGCACCACACCCUCAAGUCCAGCCGUUUCUACCUGCUCCUGCUGGGCGUGGGAGACCCAAGUGGGCCCAGUGCUAAUGGCUCGGCCGACUCGCAGGGCCUGCUCUUCUUCCGGCAGGACCAGGCCCACAUCGACCUGUUUGUCUUCUUCUCCGUCUUCUUCUCCUGCUUCUUUCUCUUCCUCUCACUCUGCGUGCUGCUCUGGAAGGCCAAGCAGGCCCUGGAUCAGCGGCAGGAGCAGCGCCGGCACCUGCAAGAAAUGACCAAGAUGGCCAGCCGCCCCUUCGCCAAGGUCACCGUCUGCUUCCCACCCGACCCUGCUGCCCCGGCCCCCGCCUGGAAGCCGGCCGGGCUCCCACCACCCGCCUUCCGCCGCUCUGAGCCCUUCUUGGCACCCUUGCUGCUGACGGGGGCUGGCGGGCCCUGGGGACCCGUGGGAGGGAGCUGCUGCCCACCAACCAUCCCUGCCACCACUGCUGGCCUGCGAGCCGGGCCUAUCACCCUCGAGCCCACUGAAGAUGGCAUGGCCGGCGUGGCCACCCUGUUGCUCCAGCUGCCUGGCGGGCCCCAUGCACCCAACGGCGCCUGCCUGGGGUCAGCCCUUGUCACUCUGCGGCACAGGCUGCAUGAGUACUGUGGGGGGAGCGGGGGUGCUGGGGGCGGUGGGCACGGGGCUGGUGCAGGCCGGAAGGGACUGCUGAGCCAGGACAACCUCACCAGCAUGUCUCUCUGACCCGUGGUGGGACCCUCAGCCACAGCAGUCGAGUCCCCUGAGGGGGCCGCCCUGGACUUGGGGCCCCUCCACCUGGGACACUGUGUCCUCAGAGACCUCUGGUUUCCUUCCCCUGGGUGGGGUGGGGUGGGGUGGGGGGGUCCCCAGACAGGCCUUCUUUGUUCUGCAUUCAACAAUUAUUUAUUGAAUACCUACUAUGUGCCAGGCACUGUUGAAGGCACUGCGCAGAGCGGGAACCAAGACAGCCAAGGUUCCCUGAUCUCGUGGGAUUUAGGUUCUAGUGAAGGGAUCCCGUCGGCAUGCGCGCACAUGCGCACGCACACACGGACAGAUGAGUCAGGCCAUUGCGAAUGGGACGAGUGCCAUGAGGUAGCAACGGAACGUGGCUGUGAGGAACCUUGGGGUAGUCAGUUGGUCCCUGUGCGAAGCUAGACUUUAAGAAGGAAACUGGCUGUGGGAAGAGCUGUGGGAAGCGGGAUCCAGGCAGAGGGAACUGUUAGGACAAAGGACCUGAGGCGGGAACCAGCUUCUGUUAUUGGAAGGAUCGGAAAGCUGGCCAGUGUGACCCAGACCACGUGUGAAGAGGAGAUGAGGUCAGGGUCAGGCAGGGGCGGAUCACCCAGGGCCUGUGGGCCACACAUAGGGUUUGGGGUUUUAUUCUCAGGGCAUUGGGCAGCCAUCGGACAGUUUUAGGAGGGAGAAUGACAGGAUCCGAUGUAUUUAAGAGGUCACUCCGCUCUGUGGAGAGUGGACUGGGGACGGUGGAAGAGAGGCAGCAGGGGGACAAGAGAUGGGCCAGAUCAGGGAAGUGGCCGUGAGAAGAGGAGUCGGGAACAGAUGCAGGCUGUGGGUGGAAGGAUGUGAUGAUGGUGUGGACGUCGGAGUGAGGGAGGGAAGGAGUCCAGGCUGACCCCAACUUUGUGGCCCAAACUGUGGGUGGAAGGUGGGUUUAUAAAGACGGGGCAGACUGGAGCUGUGGGGGGAAACCAGGAGUCCAGCUUUAGACCUAAGAUCCCCUUUAGAGACAUCUCUUCGGGUAGGUCCAAGCAGGGAAACACAGUCACCCGGAGUCUUUUCAGCAAAGGGAGCUGAGUGCGGGGAUUGGCUCUACUGGUGAGGGACGCUGCCGAGAAGAGAUGGGACAGUGAGGCAGCCCAGGGGCGAGCCAGAGCAGGACGCUGCUGCUGCCACCGCUAGGCUGGAGGGACGAGGCUCAGGUGGUGGUACCUGACCCCAGGAUCAGGGUCACUGUGCUCAGAGGGGGCAUAAGGAGACAAAGCCCCUGCCUGAGAUGCCGCCCCGGGAAGGGCAGGGUUGGGUGGGGGACACCAGGGUUCGAAUAGAAAUGGCAGAGUUUUCAACAUACAGCUCUCUUCCCAGACAAUGCUGCCUUGAAGCAGCAUCUGGCUUUUCCCCAGGGCCUACCCUCACCCCAGCCACCACCUUGCUGAGCCCUUCUGCCCCUUGAGGACCGCCUCUGCCCCCCAUCCCCACCCCAUCCUAACCAUCUUGAACUUGGGACUCCUUUCCCAAGACUCCAUCCCUCAGCUGUUGUUUUGGACCUUGGAGAGCUGGGCCCCGUGUCUUCCUCUCCGUCUGAGGCCAUGUGUGCCCUCAGAGGCCGUCUGAAAGAGGGGGAGCGAUUAAAGCAACAAAUAGUGUGGGGAAGAUCCAGUGUCCAAGUGCUGUCUGUGUGCAGUGGAUGGGCCGUCUUGGCUUUCUGACCCAGCACCUGAGAGCUGGUUAAGUCAGAUAAAUGUCCUUAUCUUGGUGCCCCCUCCAAGCCGCGUGGCCUGAGCCUGGCUCUUCACUGUGUCUCCUGACGGGGGUGGUGCCAGGAGCACUACAGAAGCUCUUGUUCCCCAGGAGGGAUGACCUGAGGGUACAUGAGGGCAGUGAGGCCUUUGACCCUUGCCCAGAUCCCUGUCACAAGGAGACCCCUGCUCGUCUCAGGAAGGAAAACAGACUGCCUUGCUCCCAGGUUUGGGUUUUAUUCUGGCCCCUGACGUAAGAGAAUUCAGGCAGCGCAAAGACUGAGGUGAGGCCCUAGCACGGUGAGCUUUCUCUAAUUCAAGUAGAUUCUCACAGCCCAAACCAAAAGCAUCAUGGGAGCCUUUAUCCACCAGUCCCCUGGCCAAGCAAGAGUGCUUUUGCGAGGGAAGGUGGGAGUGGGAGAUCUCCAUCCCGUCGGUGGGCCUCGCUCAGCGUGGGAGUCUUGCUGGGAGUGUUCCGCAGUGUACUUACAACCCAGCCCCUAGGCACAGGCCGGCUGCUUCAUCUGCUUCUGAGCCAAGGACAUGACGAUGUGUUGGAUUUAGGGGCCUGUGAAUAUCAUGGUAUUUUCAGACUUCAUGAGCAACUUAAGGAGUUUUCAGGGAUUGCCCUGCCCACACGUUCUGCCUUUAUGAGCUGAUGGUCGUACCUAACCUCCAAGACGUGACUGUGAGCUUACAUUUUACUGAACACCAAUGCUAGAUGCUCGCUAUUAUGAUCUUUCCAACAGUCAAAUCUAUGAGGUGGGGACCAUGUAAUCCCCAUCUUGCACAUGAGAAGACAGAAGUUCAUAGACACUGUUUAGCUGUUGAGCGACAGCUGCCAUUUGAACCCAGACCUGACUCUCACAUCCAUGUUCCUGACCACCAGGCUCUUCCACUUCCCAAGGAAGAACUGCUUUAUUUAGCAUAAGUUGACCUAGCUGUCUCAGCACAGAGUGGACACUAGGAGUAGGUGUUCAAAAUGGUCAAUAUCUGCUCAGGAUAAGGCAGAAUUUCCCAACUGGGGAGCCAACUAGCAGUGGGACACGCUGCCUCAAGGAGUCCUGAGGCCAGUGGGGUCAUCCCGCAUAACCAGAAAGGAGUUAAGGUGGUUAUUCAGGACUCCUCCAUGGGGGCUUCCCUGGUGGCGCAGUGGUUAAGAGCCUGCCUGCCAAUGCAGGAGACACGGGUUCGAGCCCUGGUUCGGGAGGAUCCCACAUGCCACAGAGCAACCAAGCCCGUGCGCCCCAACUACUGAGCCUGCGCUCUAGAGCACGUGGGCCACAACUACUGAAGCCCGCGCGUCUAGAGCCCGUGCUCCACGACAAGAGAAGCCACCGCAAUGAGAAGCCCGCGCACCACAACGAGGAACAGCCCACGCUCGCCAUAACUAGAGGAAGCCCGCGUGCAGCAGCGAAGACCUAACACAUCCAAAAAUAAAUUAAUUAAUUAAGUAUUGGCCCUCUGCCAGGUCCUGCUAAAUGCUUAGGGGAAAGAAAAAAAAACCGACUCCUCCAUGUUGUGUUUGGACCCUUUGGUAAGGUCUCUUAUUAGCAGUCACCCUGUGACUUUGCCUUCCUGAGCAGCGCGUUUGCACUGACUGGACUUUUCCUCUGGGGCACAGAGCCACCUUCCCUUCAGCUCCUGUCACUGCUAUGCAGAUGCCUCUGUACCAGUGCCCCACAGCAUGUGUUCCUCGUUUUCCACGUCAAACCCUCAGCAGUUGCCUCUCCCUGAUACACACACACCCGAAUGCAAGGGGCUUGUGGUGAAGUGAGAGAAAGCCUGGACACGGGAUGCUAGGGACCUGGAUUCUAGCCCAUGUGUGGCCACUGAUGGCCUAGGGACUUCAGGAGAAGGGGAGAAAUUUUACCAAGGGCCUACAGCACUCCAGCGCUGUGCUGGGUGCUUGGCAUGAGUCUUUUAAUCUUCCCAACGUCACAGCUGGGAGGUAUGGACUUGUCCCCCCAUUCUGCAGAUUCGGAAAUUAAGUCCCUUGCCCAAAACUCAGGGCAGAUUAGUAGACGAGUCCAGAUUCCGACACAAGCCUGUCUGACUUUCCAUUGCCCCCCUGUAUUACCUCUAAAAUCUCUUCCCUUUUCUAAGCCAACGUCUCCCACCUGUGAUCACACAUUGUCUCCACCUCCACUGGGCUCCACACUGUUCUGGACAUAUAGCCGUCAACAAGGUCCCUGCUCUCAUGGAGCUGACAAGCCAGUGGGGAGCCAAAUAAUAAAAGAUUCGGUAUGUUGGAAAAUGACUGGAAAAACAAGGCAGUGAAGGAGGGGGAUGGGGAGGUAGGUACUUGCUCUUUAAUGUAAGGUGGAAGUGGGGGGGCUCACUUUUUUUUAAAAUUUAUUUUUGGCUGCAUUGGGUCUUCAUCAGUGCGUGCAGGCUUUCUCUAGUUGCAGCGAGCUGGGGUUACUCUUCGUUGCGGUGCAGGGGCUUCUCAUUGCAGUGGCUUCUCUUGUUGCGGAGCCCUGGCUCUAGGAGCGUGGUUUUCAGUAGUUGUGGCUCACGGGCUCUAGAGUGCAGGCUCAGUAGUUGUGGCGCACGGGCUUAGUUUCCCUGCAGCAUGUGGGAUCUUCCCGGACCAGGGAUGGAACCCAUGUCCCCUGCAUUGGCAGGCGGAUUCUUAACCAUCUGCGCCACCAGGGAAGUCCUGGGCCUCACUCUUAAGAUGACAUGUGAGCAGAAGUGAAAGAGUGAGCCAUAGGGACAUCUGAGGAGAGAGAGUUCCGAGUUGAGGGAACAGCCAGUGCAAGGAUCCUGACGUGGGAGCGUGCCUAACAUCUUAGAGAAACAACCAAGAGACUCGUGGAGUAGAGAGAAUAAAGAGGAGGUAAGGUCACAGAGGGAAUAAGAGGAAGAUUGUGCGGGUCCUUGAGCCACCGUGAGGACUCUGGCUUUUACUACGAGCAGGAGGAGCCAGCAGAGGGUUCUGAGCACAGGAGGCAUGUGAUCUAUUUCAGAUGUCCACAGGGCUUCUCCGUGGGGAAGAGACUAAAAGGGUGGAGUUAGGGCAGGAAGCCCAGUGAGGAGCCACUGCAUUUGUUUAGGCCGAAGAGGAGGGUGGUUGGAACAAGGAGGCGCAAUAGAAUGGGAAGAAGGGAGAUUCUGGAUCUGUUCUGAAAGUAGAACCAACAGAAUUUGUUGACAGUUUGGAUACUGGGUGAGAGAGAAAGUGGGCAACAGAAGGGAUGGCGUUCGCUAUUUCCUGAGAUGAGGAAGACUGUGGGAAGAGCAGACUUGGGGCGGUGGGGAAUCAGGGGUCAGGUCUUAGACACGUUAAACUUAAGAUGCCUAUUAGACAUUCCAAGUGAAGAAUGUCACUCGAUGGUUGAAUACACACAGAGAGAGAAGAAUAGCAAAUAAUACAAAUAAUAUAUGAAUAUUAGAAUAGUUAUACAUUAUUACAUAAUAAUAAUAUUAACAACAGUUUGUUAAAUUGACUCUGGUCUUUCCAUCUGUUCCAUCUCUUGCUCUCACAGUAGCCAUAUGACAUAUUAGGGAUUAUCCUCAGAGGGAGAAACAGACUCAGGUGUAUUAAUUUACUAAGAGAACACAGCUGGUAAGUGGCAAGAGUCAAGAUUGAAUCCCAGGUCUGUCCAACUUUGAGACCCAAACAUUUCUAAUCUGCUAGUCGCUUUUCAAUAAAGGGGGUGGAUUGAAUUGUAUGAUCCUUGAGUAUGCCUUUCAGCU